AUGGCCCGAUCACAAGCCCAGGACGUCAUUCGAUGUCAAUACUGUGAGGACGAGCCCGCUGUCUUCCACUGUGUUCCGUGUGGAGAUGAACUCUGUCCUCGAUGUAAAGUCUUCCAUCUUAAAAGUAAAGUUCCUUCUGGACACAACAUCGUCCCUCUGUCUGAGAGACUUCAUCCAACCAAUCAGAUCAAAAUGUGUGAAGUCCACGUAUCUAAAGCUUACGAGGCUUGCUGUGAAGAUUGCCAAGUUCCGGUCUGUAUUAUGUGCAUUCAGGAAGUACACGGAAAACACGCCAUCGGGAAGAUACAAGAUCUACUCGAAAAACAGAAGACUGAAACCGAAAACGAAUUGUCUAAAAUGAAGACACAAUAUAAGUCUGAAAUUAUUCAAAGAAUAAAAGAUUUCAAAAAUGGAGAAAGGGAUAUAAAGGCAGGCCAUCAAAAUAUAAGAGAGAACAUGAAGAAACAAGCUCAGGAUUUUAUAUAUCAUAACAGCGCCAUUUUGAAAGAAGCCUUGAAUGAAUCCACGAAAGACGAAAGAGAAAAAUUGAUUGAAAUAUCGCAAUACAGAGCAGAAGCAGAAAAAUUUGAAGAAAACUUGGAUCAAUUGAUUGAGAAAUUUGAAACUUUUACGGAAUCAAGUCAUCCGGUCGGCCUUGUAUUGUACCGAAAGAAAAAUCCUGACAUAUUCAAGAGAUUGAAAUUACCAGACGAAAUAAAUUUCACAAUGCCUUCAUUUACAAUCGGUCAGAUGAACAAAACUCAAAAUGAGCAUCAGUUUGGUCAGUUCAUCAGAGGUCAUAUCAGACGUCUUAGAAUAGGAGAUGAUAGCUUGAAAGUUAAACAUCCAACCGGGUCUGCAAGCGUUAAACCAUCUACAACAACAGUACUAGGACGUUCAGUAAAGAUAAGCGAAACAAAAACCCAAAAGAGAGUGUUAUAUCACGUGAGUUGUCGUGAUGACAGAUCAGCGUACAUCAGUGGUAACGGUCGUGGAAUACUACUGAUAGACAGGUGGGGGAUAGAGCUGGAUAACAUCAAUACUGACAGAGAUCCAUCUGGUCUGGCUGUGAUGCAGGACGGAAGUCUCAUUUACUCUGACCAAAGACAUAAGUUAAUCUAUAGAGUAUCACUCAAUAAAGUAAAAACAAAGCUUAUAAAUACUGAGCGUGAUCCUAAAGGGCUGUGUUGUAUAAGGUCGGGUGAUAUCCUGGUCUGCAUGGGUUACAAAGAUACAGCAAAAGUAGUCAAGUACAGUAGCAGUGGGAGGAGGAUACAGGAAUUCCAGACAGGCCAGAACGGGGAUAGACUUUUUAUUUAUCCAUGUUUUGUCUGUGAGAAUAUCAAUGACGAUAUCUGUGUUUCUGAUUCAAGCAGUAAAGUGGUUGUACUUACCAAGUCUGGAAGUCUUCGGUUUACGUAUCACGGGAACGCCCUAGCUAGGAGGUCAAAAGGCAGCUUUGAUUCGCGUGGUGUAGCCACUGACAGUCUGGGUCACAUCAUUAUUGCAGAUAACGCCAAUAAAGCCGUACACCUGAUCAACCAGGAUGGGGACCUUCUCUCACUCAUUCUAACAGAGAACGAUGGGAUAUCACGACCAUAUGGGAUCUCGAUGGACACUCAGGACAACCUGUUGCUGGUAGAACAAGACAAAGCCUGUGUCAAAGUUUUUCAUUAUAAUGACAGAUCAGCAUACAGGUCAGGUCCCAGAUCAAGUCCUGGGAUACGACUGAUAGACAGGUCAGGGACAGAGUUGGAUAACAUUAGUACCGACGAAGAACCUCAUGGUCUUGCUGUGAUGAGGGACGGAGGUCUGAUUUAUUCUGACUACAACAAUAAAGUUAUCUAUAGAGUGUCACUCAAUAAACAGACAACAAGACUUAUAAACACAGAGUCUGGUCCUGGAGGACUGUGUUGUACCAGCAGGUCAGAUGAUAUACUG